CAAUUAUUAAUUAAUAGUAUUACAUUUACCAGCUUCUUUGUUAAAUAACUUAAUUAAUAUCCCAGCGAUUAGUUCUCGAACCAGCUGUCACUUUCACUGAAAAUUUCAUCAUAUUUAUAUUUUUUUUUUUAUUUCUUAUUUAUUAUUUUAGUCUAAUUUUUAAAAAAUUCUAGAGUAUCUCUGUCAUACUUUUUAACUUUGUCUUGACCUUCAUAAGUUCUGCGUCAGUAGUUUCGGAUGUCAAGUGUCGGAUAUCGAGGCUGUGUUUGUGUGAUUGUUGACUCUUUGUGUUUGUAUACAACGAUUGUCAAAAAUAUAUCACGUGACAUUGAAUAUAAAGAUUUUAUGAUGCAAUCUUAUGAUUAUUAUUACAAAAUAAUAUGAUUUUUAAUUUCGUCACUUAAGUUUAUUUGUAUUUUAAAAUCACGCGGAAGUAAAUUUCAUGUUUAUUUUUGUGAAUAAAAUUUUCUAUUUUUGAACCAUGGAGUCAUUUCUCGCGCUCUUUGACACCGAGGACCCAAAACCUAAAUGGGACAAGUAUAACAACAAUAACAAUGACAUAGACUGCUCUAGUAUGACAAAAGAUGAGGAGAUCGAGUGCCUGCCCCCAGAGCCAGAGCAAGGAAACAUCGAAUACAAACUAAAGUUAGUAAAUCCCUCAUGCCAGCGUUUCGAGCAUCUAGUCACGCAGAUGAAAUGGCGGCUCAAAGAAGGCCACGGCGAAGCGAUCUACCAAAUCGGUGUAGAAGACAACGGAAAAUUAACCGGCCUAUCACGAGAAGAAAUGAAAGCUUCUCUAAAAACCCUACGCGAAAUGGCGUCGCGACUCGGCGCCACCACGCGAGUACUUCGCGAACGACAGGCAACAAAAUCCCCCAGUUCAAUUUCAAAAUCUCCCGCCCACUCGAGCCCCAACCCGAACCCAAACAUGGAGCGACGCGUAGCGGAAGUAAUCGUAAAGAAACUCCGGAAGGGCGACCGAGAGGGCCAGGAUGUGACUGAUCUCCGACUCGCAGUCUUGGGUUGCCAGGACGCGGGGAAGUCCACGUUGCUAGGAGUCCUGACCCAGGGGGAGCUGGACAAUGGACGUGGUCGCGCUCGGCUCAACAUGCUGCGCCAUCUACAUGAGAUAAGAACCGGAAGGACGUCGUCGAUCUCCCAUGAGAUCAUUGGGUUCGACAGCGAUGGCCACGUGCUGAAUUACGCGGAGAUGACGACAGCAGAGGAAAUUUGCGAGCAUGCGUCGAAAGUUGUGACUUUUAUUGACCUUGCGGGUCACCGGAAGUACUUAAGGACAACACUUCUGGGUCUUAUGGGUUACAGUCCUCACCAUGUGAUGCUAGUGGUGGCGCCACCGCUCAAUGAAGCUGCGCAGGAGCACAUGGCGCUUUGUUUGGCGCUGAGGCUGCCGUUUUUUAUCGUCGUGACUAAAAUUGACCUGGGAUUCUGCGAGAGGAAGACACUGGAGCAGCUGGAGAGCGCAGUGAGGUCGCAGGGUUGUGAUGAGACUCUGGUGCUGAUGAAUGGAAUGGAGACGAGGACGAGGACUUUGGAUUAUGGGUCACAGAUCCCGGUCUUUACUGUAAGCAGCGUGACGGGGGCGGGACUGGAAGAUCUGACCCAGUUUAUUCGCGAGCUGCCCUCGGAGUCCGAGUCACUGGAGAUGGAGACUGGGGAGUGUCUGUUUCAAAUUGAUGAGACUUUUAAAGUCGCGGGACUCCCGGACCCGGUGCUUGGGGGACUGUUGGUUAAAGGAACGAUCGCGCCUGGAGCUAGACUGCUGGUUGGUCCGCUGCCGGAUGGAGAGUUCUCGCAUGUUAAGGUCGUGAGUCUUCAUCGGAAUAAGGCGCCGUGCUGUCUGGUGAGGGCGUCACAGAGUGCGAGUUUGACACUCGAGGGAAUGAAUGAUCGACUGCCGCAUCUUAGACCUGGAAUGGUUUUGGUCUCACAUGCUGAUCAUCCUCAUGCGACGGUUUUCUUUCAAGCAACUGUUUUUGUAGUUUAUCAUGCGAAAGGAAUUUAUCCAGGAUUCCAAGCAACUGUACAUGUCGGUAAUGUAAGACAGACAUGUGUAAUUGAAGGAAUAAUGGACGUUAAAGAAGAUGGUCUCCAAACCCACGAUACUGCCUCCGUUCUCUUCCGAUUUGUCAGUCAUCCCGAGUACCUCCAUGUCGGCAUGAGACUUCUCUUCCGCGAAGGCAAGACCAAGGGGAUCGGAAAAAUUACUCAGGUAUUUCCGCUCAUCGGGUCGCAGAAUCGACCUUAAAGAUACUGAUACUUUAUAAUUUAAAUAUAUAAAUUAAAAUAUUCGAUGCUCUAUUAUAUUAUAAUAUAAAUUAAUAUAACUAUUACUGGAUAAUUAUAAUUAAUAUUAAUAUUAAUAUUAAAAUUAAAAUUAAUAAAAAAUGAUAAAGAGAAUAUGUAGUAUUUAUUUGUGAAAAAAUAUUUAUCGUAAUUAUUUUAUAAUUAUGACGAAUAUUUUUAUAUAUCAUUAAUAAUAAUAAUUAAAUUAUAUUAUUUACUUUAACGUGUUGCGGCCAUUGUAAAUAGACUAGA